UUCUGCAACCAAUUUCAAUGUUAUAAGCAAUAUCGUACGCUUAUUGUAGUCAUUCAAGUGAUUCAAUUUCAAAUCAAGUCGAGAUGGAAUUUCUCUUUUAUUAAGUUUCGAUAAUUAUUUGUCAAAAUAUUGUUCAUUGGAUGAUGAAAUUCGGGUUAAUAAUCGUUGGUGUGCAAUUCGUUUUGAUUCAGGGAAUCAGUUGUUUUCCAGCGUCGAAAUCUCCUGCACUAGACUGGAAACAGUUAACAGUUGUGGUGAGUGCAAAUGAAAAUAAUGCCCCGAUAGCAUCGCUGGUGAAACCGAAACGUAUACCACGCAUCAAUGCAAUAGCAGGAAAAGCAAAAACGUAUCGAGUACCUCUGGAAAUAACAGUCAAUUCACAUUUGAUCCGUCGCAUCACCGCUGUCAAUAGAAAAUAUCGACUGUGUUCAAAAAAAUCGAAUGUUCGCAAUUGGAGAAAUUUGAAACAAUCGCCGCCAUGCAUAACGAUACUGAACCUCUCUGUGCCGAUCGAAUUGGAGGUUCCAAUCAAUGUUGAGUCAAUUGUCGAGGAAAUUGCACAAUCAAUCGAGCCGGAUAUUGAUGAUUACGUGCCUUAUAAAAGUGCAAAACAAACAUUUGACGGUCCGGAAAAAGUAUUUGCACGCACCGAAGAUGACUACUAUCGCUCACAAACGCCUAUCGGCGAUCCAAUUCGCGCAAAACGUACAAAACGAACAGAACAAUCGGAUUUUUUCCGCGAUACGGACUCAUUGAUUAGAAGAAUUGCACAAGCACUUUGGCGACGUGAUACAAAGUAGUUUAAUAUUUACAUUUUCAACCAUUUAAUAUAUUUAUUCAAAUAAAUAAAAUUGACAACACUUGAAAAUCCAGCACAGCUA